GACGGGUUACAGGGUACGGGGUACAGAGUACUAGAAUCAGGUACAUAUUUAUUACGCUGAAUAAAUGUAUAUUUGAGCUGAGGGGUCACAUAACGUACUGAAAGCUGGUUACGGAAGAUAACCGCCACGCUCCAAUGCGCUCGAACAACUAGAUAACAACACAUGCUCUCACUGGCGACUAGUAAGGAAACGAACCGGUUCCCUAUUUAGAGUCACACCGAGUGUCACUCCAAGUCUUACUCCAGUAACUCCGAAUUCGGGCAAAACAGGAAGCAGAUAAAAUGCGUGAGCCUGAACCGGGAUUGCUUUUGUUGAUUAUCCUAUAAACCAGCCAGGUUUAUGUUUCAGGUCAGAUUCUACCAUCCGGACAAACACCAGGACGGAGCUAACGCACGAAUACAGACAACCUGACGAUGAUUCUCUAACAAAAAUGACAACAUUGGACAUCAGUAGACCACUUCCGGUCAAGAAUGGACGUUAAAUAUCUGGGUCAGCUGUCGCUAGAUAUCGGUAAGGAAUGGUGUCUACUCGCCUACGAGCUCGGCUUCAGUGACUCCCAGCUGGACCAUCUCCGGGCAGCUUUUCCCUACAACACACCGCAAUGUGUCGCCUCCAUGCUGGUCAAAUGGCACGAGACUGCCUUGAAACAUCAUAUCAACCCACUUCCGCUGUUGAUACGGUCCUUCACAGGAGUUGAUCGCUAUGACCUAGUACAGAAACUUAACUGCGAGUUUGAUGAGCCGGAUGAUGGUAGCCUAUUCAACAAUCAAAAUGAAAAGCUCUCCGUCUUUAAUGCCGAGGUGAAAAAGAUCCGUUUUGGUCAAGCACAGGGCGACAUGCAGAUGUUCCUUGAUCAGAGCGAGAGAUUUCUAGAGUUCCAAGUUAAAGACAAAAAGCUUUUUGUCAAUACCAGGGCUGCUAGAGUGGCGUUGGAACUUCUUUCCACAAAAGGAACGCUUACUUUGAUGGGAAACCCCGGUGAUGGCAAGUCUACCAUUGCUGUUAACUUGCUGACCCGUCUCCGGAACGAAGGAGCUACUAUCAUUGUGUUAUCCGAUCCGGCCCUCAUAGAACGUAUUUACGACGACGAUAAACAAAUAGUAUAUUUUGUGGACGACGCCUUCGGAACACCAACAGUGAAUAGCAGACUUUUGGAAACAUGGACGCGACUUCAUGAUAAGAUUGAAAGUCUUGUCAAACUGGACAAGUGUAAACUUCUGAUUACAACGAGAAAACAUGUUUACAUGAAAUGUCAGUCACUUUUGCAUAAAUGUCCUUCUUAUAAGGAGAAUCUUAUCGACCUCUCCGGAGAGGAAUACCGCCUUAACAUGAUCGAAAAAAAUAGAAUCGUAGCCAGUUACUGCCAGGACCAUGGCCUUUUCCCGGCACAAUUAAGUUUCACUAAAGGAAGUGCUUAUGUACCCGGCUUCCCUCUUCUGUGUAAGAUGUUUGGCAACGACAAACGAAUGCAGGAAUUAGACGUUUACUUCGAUCAGACGCUUUCUGUCUUGUACAAUCAGUUACAAAUGUUGGCCACCACCGAUGGUCACUCUUUCUGUGGCUUGGUACUGGUGAUGAUGUUUGACGGCAGACUUCCGCGAGCAGUGUUUGACCAGUUCACGCCGUGUUGUGACCAGGACCGGACAAAAAUCCAGACAAUCAUGAGAGUGUACGGUAUUCAGGCCUGUGACGAUGGAAAAGUGGAGACAUGUCUCGAUGAAAUGAUCGGUGUCUAUGUAGAGGAGGUAGAAGAGGACUUCCGAUUUAUCCAUGACGCUAUCUUUGAUACUGUUUGUCUUAUAUUCGGUACACGUUAUCCAAAUGAGAUCAUUCGGGUAGCAUCGUCCAACUUCAUAGAGAAAAGGAUAAGAACAGAAAAUAUUCCUGGCGCAAAUAAUCAUUUCCUUGAUGACGUUAUCGUGUUGAAGAAAUCUAAGUAUCACGUAUUGGCCGCCAGGUGGAUCGCAGAUGCGUCACGUGGUAUAAUCCGGGCUAUGUUCGUUAAUCCAAGUAUCCGUGACGUUGAUAUGCAGUCUGCUCUUGUUGAUCGAAUAAGAAAGCUAGCUCCAAAAGCGUCCAUGGAGCUGCUCACUAAUGCAGAGGAGGCAAACACUUCGUCAAAGAACCAAUUUAAAGAAACCGUUCUGUUCUUGGCUUGCAAGAAGGGGUUCGUCUCUCUCGUUCAAGUUCUGUUGGAGAAGCAGAAGUUAUUGAAAGCUGAUAACGUCGUGAACGCGUCAGUUCUGACUAUACCAGAUAGUUGUAUAAUGGAGGCCGUCGAUAGAAUACAUUUGAACGUUGUCAAUGCGUUAUUAGAUCACGGCGCCAGGGUCAACUUUGCAUGUGGGUCUAUGUCUUACCGGUGUCUCCAGGUCGCAUGUAAGAAGGGAAGUCUCGAUAUGGUAAAGCUGCUGAUGCGUUACGGCGCGGAUGUCAAUCUAGAAGACCACAACGGGAAGCAGGCGGUACAUUACGCAAGUGAAUUUGGACGUCUAGAGAUACUAAAGGAGUUACACAACAAUAACGCGUCCCUGUCGGCCAAGGACAGGACCGACAGACAGGCAAUUCAUUACGCCGGUAUAGCUGGCAGUCUAGAGUGUGUCCAGUUUCUACAGCAGGAAGGAACCCAUUUGAAUGUUCCUGACAGAAUGGAUAAGAAUGUUCUUCACUACGCGUCUACUGCCCAUUGCCCAGCUCUCAUUAGAUACCUGGUGUCCAAUGGGGCUGACAUUAACAGUAUUGACAGCAUGGGGGCUUCUCCUCUACAUUUGGCUUGUAAGGCUAAUUUUGCCGAGAACAUUGAGAUUCUUUUGAGUAAUGGUUCUGAUCCUAAUCAAGUGGACGCUUCUAUGAGACUACCAUUACACUCCGCUUGUAAAUUUGGUGGACCGGAGCAAGACGGACGUGAUUCUUUCCGAUGUGUCCAGCUUCUCCUGAACGUAGUAAGUGAUGUGAACGCUGUGGACAGUUUUGGUAAAACUGCUCUUCAUUAUGCAUGCACCUGGGCUCGCGAUCGACGGUUCGACUGUGUAACGUUACUGCUUUCCAAGGGAGCAGACCCCAGUAUUAUGGAUGACUAUGAACGCCAGCCUAUAUUUUACGCUUGUGAGAGCGGGAACCUGAAAUGUGUACAGACAUUGGUGAACCAUGGCAUCGACGUUAACCAUCGUGGGCCGCAGGGGAAACAGCCUAUACAUUAUGCAUGUGGAAGGGGAAACAUAGAUGUUGUAAAGAUGUUGGUGGAGAAAGGGGCAUCCACCAAUUCUGUGGACAGCAAGGGGAAACAACCCCUUCACUACGCCAGUCAGCAUGGGAACAAUGACUGUUUGAGUUAUCUACUGGAAUGUGGAGUAGACGUGAACUGUGUUGACAAACAGGGUUGUCGCCCUUUACACUAUGCCUGCAAGUGGUGUCGCCCUAACGCUGUCCGCCUGUUAAUCAAACAUGGAGCUAGUCCUGAGGAAAAGGACAACGAUGAUAGGAUGCCUGAUGACCUCGUACCGAAAUGGUCAUCAAGAAAAAGUCAAAUGAAGCGGUUCCUCCGAGGGCAUAGUCUUGAUACAAUCUAGAUUAGUUUGACAACAGACAUUUUCACUGGCGAGGCUAAGUAUCUACGUAUACAUGUAGAAAACAUGUUUAUUUCUGAAAAAUGAUAAAUGAUAUGCAGACAUAUGAAAAAAGUUAGUUCAACUUAUAUUAAUCACUCUUGCUGGCCCGGGUGUUAGCGCGCGGGGAGUCUUUAUGUGGGAGAAAUCCGGAGAAAACCCACGUGGCCGGGCAGGUGACCCCAUAACUUUUAACGUCCGAUCGGGAAAUCGAACCUCGGCCGCCUUGGUGAAAGGCAAGUGCGCUAUCCACUGUACCACCCGAACACCCAAAAAAUAUCUUUCAUACAUGUUUCCCUUAGAACAGUUUAAACACAAUGUAAGUAUGUACUUUUCUUGAAAAGUUCCAAAUAUCAUGCAGACGCUUCCCUAAAACAGUUUCAAAGUCAUGUAGUCAUGUUUCUAUAAGAAUAGCCCGAAUUCUAUACAAACAUAUGUCACUAAAACAUUUCAACUUUCAAGUAGAUCUCGAAGAGAUAUUUUGUAUUUGUAUAGAAAUCUUCUGCUCAUGAAAGGAUAAAUGUAUCGAAACCUUCCCAGGGAAAGAUAAUUCGCUCGUGUCAUCACCACUUUACGGGGGGAUGUUGUCGUUACUAUAUCCCAAUAGGGACAUGUCGUCAAUUUGGUCACGUAAUUCAUGUAAUAUUGAUGAUGGCACCGUGUAUUGCGUUUACCUACAUUUCAACAAGAUUUGAAUCUAUGAUGUAGACAGUGGACUCUAAAUUAUGGGGAUAAGAUUUUGUUUAAGUUUAGCACUCGAUACAAUCCCGUGUUAAACCUCAGGAAUAUGACCCUCGGGUUGAGAUUUCACUGUCUGUAUCACACAGGAAUAUGACCCUCGGAUUGAGAUUUCACUGUCUGUAUCACACAGGAAUAUGACCCUCGAGUUGAGAUUUCACUGUCUGUAUCACACAGGAAUAUGACCCUCGGGUUGAGAUUUCACUGUCUGUAUCACACAGGAAUGAUAAGUUCUAUUCUACCGCAUUGACGAGGAAACGACACUUUUCGUUUGUGCUUGGAUUACAGACGUAUUGAUAAAGGGUCGUUUAAGUACUAGAUAUGUGUUCUCCUCCCCCCUCCCUAUAUUUCUGUCUAUGAUGGAAUAUACAAAAGAAGCAUAAAUAAAAUGAUAAUGUUAACUAUGACGACAACGUUUGACGACAAAACAAUAUAGUACUUAUGUACUGCCUUCCAUGCUUACGAUUCAAAAAUACCUAGUUUCAUUUCCGGUUGUCUGUAGGUUCAAUAUCUCUCUCUCCGAUUGGGUAUCUCUCAGGUUCGUACCACUGUGUGUUUGUACUGACAACUAGUUCAAAUUAGUAAUCUAGACCGUGUUUUGUUGACAGUUUGAUAUUUCUUAUAUCAUAUUGAGGAAGCGUGUGUAGGCUGUAUUGUUACUGUCAUACCUACAAUGUCGUCUACCUGUGUGACGUGUCAUUCAUUGUGUCCUAUUUAACCCAGGUGCGACAGUAUUCAGUAUUGGUAUCCAAACUAAAAAGUACUACGAUGAUGUAAUUGUGUUCACGCGAUGACAAAUAUCCUUUCCACUAACAAAGUGCAAUAUAUAUCAUACAUGUAUAUUGAAAAGAGAUACCGGUACAUAUAUCUAAUCAAAAUUGUCGAGAAAGAUAUAUUUUUAUAAACAAUAUAAAUAAUAUGUUGUUCCCAGUCGGGAAAGAGACUUUGUUUGUUUGGUUUUAUAUGUUCACGUGUGUCAAUGGUUAAACGUGGAAAGUUUAGGGCACACUUUCCUCUCUGCUCUUUUUCUUGUUUUGUCCCUUUAACACUUUCUCCGCGUUGCACAUCCACACUUUCUCGCGUUUUAACCCGUAAGUAUGAUCCUGGUAGCACGUUUCUGAUUACACCUUUUUCUCGGUUUCCCGUCAACUCAUUUAACUAUCUACAAUUUUCCUGCGUUUCCCACUGUAACUAUCUACAAAUUUCCUGCGUUGCCCUCGGUAACUAUCUCAAUUUUCCUGUGUUGCCCUUUUCACUAUUCUACGGUAACUAUCUACAAUUUCCCUGUGUUGAACCUAACACUAUUAUACGGUAACUAUCGACAAUUUUCCUGUGUUACUCUAUUCCGUCUCCUACUAUUUUUAGUCACCCCUGGGGGAACCCCAGCGGGGACUAUUAAUUUUGGUUUCAGUCCCAGAUUUUGACCUCCACUGUUUCAGCUUUCGUGUGUUUGCUUCUGUCGCUAAUUACAAGCUUUUUGAUAACUCCGAUAUCGAUUUUAGGAAUAGAUCUAACAUACAACCAAAAGGCGUUCCGAAUUUCAAACUAAAGAUGUUCCGAAUAUGAAUCAGUCACUUUUGAGGUUCCCGAAGGGGUAGACUGUUAUAUUAUAUAUUGCUAUUGAUUGAUUGAGA